GCCGCCCCCCAUCGCCGCCUGCAGGCCGGCCCCGCGGCGGGAGGGAAGAUGUCUUUCUUCAACUUUCGGAAGAUCUUCAAGCUGGGCGGCGAGAAAAAAAAGAAGCAGUACGAGCACGUCAAGAGAGACCUGAACCCGGAGGAGUUCUGGGAGAUCAUAGGAGAGCUGGGCGACGGGGCUUUCGGCAAAGUGUUCAAGGCUCAGAACAAAGAAACAAAAGUGCUGGCUGCUGCAAAGGUGAUUGACACAAAAUCGGAAGAAGAACUUGAAGAUUACAUGGUAGAGAUUGAUAUUUUGGCAUCCUGUGACCAUCCUAACAUUGUUAAGCUCCUAGAUGCCUUCUACUAUGAAAACAAUCUGUGGAUCCUGAUCGAAUUUUGUGCAGGUGGAGCAGUAGAUGCAGUAAUGUUGGAGCUUGAAAGGCCAUUAACAGAGCCGCAGAUCAAAGUGGUGUGCAGGCAGACACUGGAAGCGUUGAACUACUUGCAUGAAAAUAAGAUCAUCCACAGAGAUCUAAAAGCUGGCAAUAUUCUUUUCACAUUGGAUGGAGACAUUAAACUAGCGGAUUUCGGAGUAUCAGCUAAAAACACCAGAACCAUCCAAAGGAGAGAUUCCUUCAUCGGUACACCGUAUUGGAUGGCUCCAGAAGUAGUCAUGUGUGAGACAUCUAAGGACAGGCCUUACGAUUACAAGGCCGACAUUUGGUCUCUUGGCAUCACUUUAAUUGAAAUGGCUCAAAUAGAGCCACCUCACCAUGAAUUGAAUCCAAUGCGAGUGCUCUUGAAAAUAGCAAAAUCUGAUCCACCUACAUUAGCACAGCCUUCUAAAUGGUCAUCAGAUUUUAAAGACUUUCUGAAGAAAUGUUUGGAAAAGAAUGUAGAUUCGAGGUGGAGUGCAACCCAACUCCUACAGCAUCCAUUUGUUACCGUUACUUCCAAUAAACCGAUAAGAGAAUUGAUUGCAGAAGCUAAGGCAGAAGUUACGGAAGAAGUGGAAGAUGGUAAAGAUGAGGAUGAAGAAGAGGAAACAGACAAUUCUCUGCAGUUACCUGCAGACAAGCGUGCAUCUUCUGACCUUAGUAUUGCCAGCUCUGAAGAGGAUAAGCUCUCACAGAAUGCCUCUGUUCUGGAAUCACUUUCUGAGAAAACAGAAAGUAAUGCAAGUGAGGAGAAAAGCAACGCUGUAUUUCCAGAUGGUAAAACAAUUGAAGAUGACUCUCAGGACAUUAAAAUUAGGAAAACAGGUGAAAGCAUACCUGAUGUUGGUGAUGGUGAUAUCAAAGUGCAGAAUGGUUCUGUGCCAACUGGUGAAGUUGAGGAAGGCAAAAUAUUGCCAGCUGAAAAGAAUACAGAAAGUCUGGAAGAAACAGCUGAAGAUACAGAACCUCAGAAAGAAAGGAAAGAACUUAAUGCAGUAACAAUAGCAGAAGCAAAGGAUGAACACGACUUAAAAACGGAGAAAGAAAAUGACAUAGGAAAUGAACAAAGAGAGGAAAAUGAACUGAAAGCAGUUCGUAGAGUUGAUGACAGUGUAGAAACUGGAGAAACCGUUUCUGAGGAAACCGGUGAAAAAGAAGAGGAAAUCAGAAUAGAGAGCGAAAACGAAAAGGUCACUGCAGAAAAUAUCACAGAGGAAAAGGAAGAUGAAGACGAAGCUCAGAAAGAGGCAAUAACAGACAUCACUACAGACUCUGUACCUAGUGCUGAGGAUAAAGUGUCGGAUGAAGAAAAGGGACUCAUAAAGCAUGGAAUUGAAAACGUUAAGGAGAUAGGUGGUACUGCUGAAACACAGAUCAGCGGCGGGGAUAAAAUACCUGAGACGUCGGAUAAGCCAGUGGAAAGUCAGGCUAAGCAGGUCCUUGAGAUCAUCAGCUGUGAGGAAACUCUAUCAGAAAGCCAAGACAAAGAGAUCAAAGUGGAGAAAAAGCUGGCAGAAAGUGAAAAUGAGAAUAUCUGUAAAAUAAGUAGCAUGGAGGACAUGGAGAGCAAAGACUCUGGAGAAGAUGAGGUAGGCCAGAAGGCAAUACAGGACAAGCCUGAGGAUAUUUCUCAUAAAAUGGUGGAUGAACAGACUGAGAUGGACCAGAAUCCAGAAGAGCACGGAGCUGAGAAUAUCCAGGAAAACAAUAUCCGAAUGGACAAAGAGCAACAGGAAGUUCCUUCCGAUAAAAUAAUGGAGAAUAAGCUUCAAGACACUACCAGCAAACAGGCUGAUGACUCUGAACUCACUCCAGUUCCCAGUAUUAGUAUCAGCACUGAAGAAAAUAAUGAGAAGGUCAAAAUAGAUAACCAAGACAGUACUGAAACGUUACAGCAGCUGGAGUCUGAGAACCUGAAGGAAAAUGAUGCAGAUUCAGGCACGGGUUCUACUGCUGAUAACAGCAGCAUUGAUUUGAACUUGUCAAUUUCUAGUUUCCUCAGUAAAAACAAGGAGACAGGAUCAAUAUCUUUACAGGAAACCAGGAGACAGAAGAAAACUUUAAAGAAAACUCGGAAGUUUGUCGUUGAUGGAGUGGAAGUGAGCGUAACAACAUCAAAAAUAGUUACUGAAAACGACUCCAAAAGUGAAGAAAUGAGAUUUCUGCGGCGUCAGGAGCUGAGAGAGCUGAGGCUUCUUCAGAAAGAGGAGCAGAGAGCCCAACAGCAGCUCAGCAACAAGCUCCUGCAACAGCGGGAACAGAUGUACAGGCGUUUUGAACAGGAAAUGACAAGUAAGAAGCGGCAGUACGACCAAGAAAUAGAGAAUCUGGAGAAGCAGCAGAAGCAGACAAUCGAGCGCUUGGAGCAGGAGCACACAAAUCGGCUACGGGAUGAAGCGAAGCGCAUCAAAGCAGAGCAGGAGAAAGAGCUGUCCAAAUUCCAGAACAUGCUGAAGAACAAGAAGAAGGAGGUUUUUUGUGAAGUGGAGAAAGCACCAAAAGAGCUGAGAAAAGAGCUCCUGAAACGCAAGAAAGAGGAGCUUGCACAAAGCCAGCAUGCUCAGGAGCAGGAGUUUGUACAGAAGCAGCAACAAGAACUGGAUGCAUCUCUGAAGAAAAUUAUUCAGCAGCAAAAGACAGAACUAGCCACUAUUGAACGAGAUUGCCUCAACAGCAAACAGCAGCUCAUGAGAGCUCGCGAAGCUGCCAUCUGGGAGCUGGAGGAGCGACAUCUGCAAGAGAAACACCAGCUCCUCAAACAGCAACUCAAGGAUCAGUACUUCAUGCAGAGGCAUCAGCUGCUUAAGAGGCAUGAAAAGGAAACAGAACAAAUGCAGAGAUACAACCAGCGCCUUAUUGAAGAGCUAAAGAACAAGCAAACUCAGGAAAGAGCCAGACUGCCUAAGAUCCAGCGAAGUGAAGCAAAGACUCGAAUGGCAAUGUUUAAGAAAAGUUUAAGAAUUAAUUCAUUAGCCUCUCCAGAUCAAGAUCGUGAAAAAAUUAAGCAGUUUGCGAUCCAAGAAGAAAAGAGACAGAAAAAUGAGAGACUGGCGCAGCAUCAGAAACACGAAAAUCAAAUGCGGGACCUUCAGUUGCAGUGUGAAGCAAACAUCAGAGAACUGCAUCAGCUACAGAAUGAAAAAUGCCAUCUACUGGUUGAACACGAGACUCAGAAGCUCAAAGAACUAGAUGAAGAGCACAGCCAAGAACUGAAGGAAUGGAGAGAGAAAUUGAGACCAAGAAAAAAGACGCUGGAAGAAGAAUUUGCCAGAAAACUGCAGGAACAGGAAGUUUUCUUUAAAAUGACUGGAGAAUCUGAAUGCCUUAACCCUUCCACACAAAGCCGCAUUUCCAAAUUCUACCCAAUCCCCAGCCUUCACUCCACUGGGUCGUAACUCUGGGAACUGCUGCAGGUUUUUCAUAUUUGGAAUUCUUCGUUUCUUCCUCCUCGUCAGCUGUCGUGCUCUAUCUGCAGUGUGCAUUCAAGGACCUGGCACUUUUUGUUUUCAGUGGAGACAAUCGGUGUCAUGAUCACUUUUUUUUUUUCUUUUUUACUUCUUUGAAUGGAAGAAAGGAGGAAAGGAGUUGCUGCAAUACGGUAAUGUGACGUCCUUCACAUGUUUCAAGAAUACGUGUGGUUUUUUUUAAUCUCGGUCUCAAAGUUUAAGUUAUCUAUGGUUUUGACUUUAAGAAAGUGAGUCUAGAAUGAGAAUUGUAAUAUUUCUUAUCACAAAAAAACAUUCAUGUGAAUUUUUAAACGGUGUAAUAUUAGUUCUGCUACUGUGUUUUUAAGCCUCAUUUCUACACAAGAGAAUUCCAUAACUGAAACUGCCCUGAGGGGCUUAAAAUGUUACAGUCUUGAGCAGUGUUCUCAGAGCAAGGGCUGAAGCAGAUUACUCAGAGCAUGCCAAUAACCAAAAAAAAUGAACCCUUGUGCUCACACGAUUGGUAACAGUAAAAGCCUUUGCAACUUUUUGAGAAGAGAAACCUCUGGCAUAAAUUCAACUGAGCUGAUCUCCAUUGCGCGUUUUGUCCAUUAGUUCCAUACUGAAAUGGGGUGCUAGUUUAAUAAAGACAGUGCCUGAAACACUUUGGUAUGCUGAUCCUGGUGACAGGGUGGUGUUUUGUCAUUUGAAAACAAAACAAAUACUCCAUUGCAUUGCUGUUACUGUACAAAACAGAAGAUUUCUUGCUGCUACUGCCAUUUUUGUUGUAAAUCCUCACCCUAAAAUAUUUUGCACUAAAAUAUGUAAAGGUGAAAGAAAUGCUAACUUUAAAAUACCUGGUUUAUUAAUUUCCUUAUUUCCAACCUAUUACAGGUGGUUAUUUCUACAAAUGGAAAACCUGUAGAAUGUAUUUUUUAGAAAGCAAUGUGCAAAAUGCACGUGGUCUCUCUAACUGUACCUGCAAAGGGUAGAGCCAUCUUUCUGUUCUCACCAAAGCCUGUUUGUUUAAACUCCAUCAGAGCAUGGAGGUGGGUGGUCAUUUUUACAGGUAACCAUGGCAGAGUCUUGAUUUGAUUACAAGUGUUAGAGUUGGUUGUUUUGUUGUUGUUGCUUUAGUCAUUUUAUUUUAUAGAAAGAUUUAAGUUAAAUAUAUAGACAAAAUUCUUAAUGAAGCUGUUUUUUUUUUUUCUUUUGUGUUGCCACGUAUUAACAUAGAUGGUUUUUAUUUUUCAAGUUUAUAGCAGUACAAUAAGUUAUUUACCUGACUGAUCUGCAGUGGAAAAAGUCUGAAAUGUUUCUGACAUAGCUGGCAGGGAAAUAAAAGUGCGUUAGGUCACUUUUCCUGCAGUCCUUUUGGUGGCAGUCAUAUCGAGACAGUACUGUAAGCUGUACUUUGGUAUGCCGUGUGAAAUUGUAAAAUAGUAUUUCCUUUGUUAUUUGAGGCCUAACUUCCUAUUCUCUUUGGGCAUCAACUGUAACAUUUGUUUUGCUAGCUCGCAUUAAAUGUGAGGCUGGUGAACGUGAUAUGGUGUUCAUUUCAUGGGAACAGCACUGAUGCAUGUGAAUGAACUCUUAAGUUAACAUAGGAUUUGAAUCAGAUGCAGUAGAAAACUUGGAUGCUGAAAUCUUUGGAUGCUGAAGCUAUGCUUUCUCAAUGAAGACACUUAACAGUUACAGCACAGUAUCAACAGUUGGAAAAUGCAUGUUUUAAUUUAAAAUCUGUAACUUUUUGGUAGAGUAAUUACUUUACUAGCUAGCCCUAAUUUCUGGCAUUAUAUAAAAGUGUAUUGUGUACUGUUGUAAAUUCACAUACCAUAUCUCUAGAACGUUAUCUAUUGCAAAAUACACUGUUCUUUAAGUUGUUUCUUCUGUAGGGUGAAAUAUGUCUCUGGCCUUCACUUUCUAAGCUCCGCUGUUAUAAAUUGACUUACUAAAAUCAGCAGGUAAUCUUCAUCUCUGUAUUUCAGAAUUAGUUUGCAGUUCUGUAUGCAGUAGGCUCAGUGACUUAUCUGGGGAGUAGACGUGGCAAGUACAUCUCCCAUUCUGGGUUCUCUCUGCCUUUAUCAUCAUUAAAUUCUCAGAGAAAAGUUAAUCUUCUUCCAUUGGUGGCAGUCUCAGUGAUAACUUGUUAACGGUGUAGCAGUUACCUCUGUCUAAAUCUUUAAUUCGAAGAUCCUUUUCACACAAGCUCAUGCAAUCUGAUCUCAAGUGUAAAUUGUCCAAACAAAUAACAGUUCUGUGUUGGAGGGAGGAACUGACUGUAGUGAUUGCUAGGAUUUGAUGUCUGGUGUGAAAAUACGUUUGUUCUGGGAUAACAGGAGCUAACGUAGGUACUUGCACGCUUAGAUUGAUAAAGUUGUUGUUGCCAGUAUUGUGCAGUGUAAAAGGGGAGGUGUAUGCUAUUAUGUCGAUGUCAGAAGAUCCAGUUCAAGUGAAUUUUGUCUCACAUAGGCCUGGCAGAGCUCUUCUGACAUAUAAAAUCCAAUCUCUCUACUAUCAUGUCACAUAAUCCCUUUAAUGACACACUUUUGCUUCACCCACACUUCCACGUCAGACCCAUUCUCUCAGACUGCCCCUCUGCUGCCAUCUGUCACAUGGCAAUAAACUGUAAAGGAAUAAUGGUGGGAAGAUUUAACUUCUACUGCCAUCCCACCAACGUCCACCUCUGACAUCAUGAAGCAACAUAACAUAAUAAAAUAGGAGGCAUUACUCUGAGAGCAGCUCUUGUACAUCACAGCUGGGAAAAUGAAGAAUGGCAAUAAAGUGAUGCAGUACAGUGGAGUGCAGCGAUUGCCCUCUUGCAUUUACAAUUGAUUAAAAAAAAAAUUGGCCAUCUUCUUGGCAAGCUCGUGGCCUCUGAUGGAUCCAGACUUCCCAAUUUUUCUUCUUCAUCGUUACAUUAGCUUUCUUGGGAUGAGACCUUGUAAAUACAGGAGUCGGUGGCUAUGCCCCAAAAUCAAGCCAUGUUUCUGAGAGUACUGGCCAAACUCUGACAGCUUUGGGCCCUAGGAGCCUGUUCCAGUGCCUGAUGACCCUCGGGUGAGGAAGCAUUCCCUGGGACUCAACCUGACUCUUCCCAACACAGAGUUGUACAGUUUCCUCAUUUACUGGAGUUCAGCUGUUUGUGGCAUCCUCUAAUUCUCUGCCAAUGCAGUCCUUAGCAUUUGCAAUCCUGUCAUUUUACUUCAUCAUCUGUAUUUCUGGAUCUCAGAAAAACUUCCUUGUGUUGAUGUGCCCACACAUGUUCCUGUUCCCUGACUUAUAAUAGCAGCUUCACAUCAGAUUCACAAUGAUGCCUGGGGAGAAGUAACCUUGAUUCCCAGACAAGCUGAGGAUGCCCUGGCAUAUUUCUAGUCUUACAAAAGAUGAGAACAGGUAAAAGGAAGGAAAAAGAAACUUCGUAGCAUUUGUCCAGCUAGGAAGGGACAUUGUUUGCAUUGUCUUUUAGUUCUCUGUCCCCUUCCUCUCACCUCAGUCCUCAUCCUUUCUGCAACUUUCUAUAACUACUGCAGUACUGAAAGGGCAGCUGGGGACUCUGGAGAAAGGAGAAGAGCUCUUAAGUAAAAUGUGCUUGAAACCACCCAUUUCCACUGUGCUGAAAGCAGAAAGGAGGGACUGAGUUCUAACAUGCUCUCAUUUUGCAAAAUCUCUUCCAGUUUCCAUGCUAGGUAGAGCCUCGUUCUUAUGGAUUAUCAGCUUGGCUGAGAAUGGUGGAAAGAAUAGAAAGAAACCAGAACAAGAGAGCUGCUGCUCUGUCAUACCCUCAGUCUCUAAGAAAGACAAGCAGAGUGCUGUUGAGUAAUAAAACCUCAAAAGCCAGGGCAUCUCCAAGCUCAUGUUGUCCCAGAAGUUUGUUGAAUGUUUUGUGUUAACAAACCAAGUCAUUUUGCCUUACAGGAAGCAACCAAAAAUCAUGAGCCAGAUGAAAAAUUGGCAACGGAUCUCUGUAUGUUUAGCUCAUGGAAAUGAACUUGCAGUAGCAGCCAUACAACAGUUUUGGUUGUUUUUUUUUUUUGUUGUUGUUUUUAAAAUUAACUUGAUUUCAUGGCUUUCUGUAGAAUAUUGUAAUAAUUCUGCUGUAAAUACAAUAAAAAUCACAGUUUGCUGA